UAACGAUACCAGUACAAUCGCUUUAUUUUGUGGAAUUAGAAUCGCACUGUAUAGUACCGACUCUCUCGUAGGAUAAAAGCAGCGGCUGUCAGCUUUAGCGGCGACAGUUGAUCACGUUCGCAUCGAGCUGAUUGUUGUUUCUCGUGUCAGAAUAUUGUACGGCGUUCUUUUGCAUUGUUUGUUCACAGGAGAAUAGUAUGUAUAAAGAAGUUCACCAUCAAGAAAUUAAACACGAGUGCUCGCGAUCGGGAGGACUCCACGCGUAUCCCGAUCACUUUAGGGAAACGUACCUUUAAGAGUACUAGUUGAAUCCAUGAACAUCCGAAGGUUCCUGUCCUCUGGUAGGACUUUGUAUAUAGUGUACAUAGGGUCGUUUGUCUAAUAAGAAGAGAUCCCGCUGGAAGGAAACGAGCGAGUUUUCAAGGGAGAAAUUACUGUCACGCUGGAAAAAAAUUAGCCAAUUUAUCCAAGAAUCCUGCGCCAUCCUUCACGAGGUAUUCACGCUCACUUUUAACAGCACGCAUCGGCAGUAAUAAGAGGGAAAAGAUCUUGGAAGAGAAAAAGAGUGGCCGAACAGCGGAAAUCAUGAAGCAAGGAAUGUCGGACGACUUUUCACUUGGCGUAAAAUUACUUACCGCGGGCACCGCGGCCUGCAUAGCCGAUUUAGCCACCUUUCCGUUGGACACCGCCAAAGUCAGGAUGCAGAUCGCAGGGGAAGGCCAAGCUGUGCUGCUAGCGUCAGCGGAAGGAUCAGUCUUUGCAGUAAGAACGAGCCAGCCAGGAUUGUUCCAGACCAUCGCAAACAUCGUCAGAUAUGAAGGCGCAAGGAGCCUGUACGGAGGUCUUUCCGCGGGACUCCAGAGACAGAUGUGUUUCGCCAGCAUACGGUUGGGCCUCUACGACAGCGUGAAGUCACUCUACGCUGGAAUCUUCGACGGUAACAAUAAGAGUGGUACAUCGAUGAACAUUGGCGUACGUGUUGCCGCGGGAAUCACAACGGGCGCUUUGGCAGUGAUGAUCGCUCAGCCGACCGACGUCGUUAAAAUCCGCAUGCAGGCUGGAAAUAAUGGGCGAUCAUCGGUAAGGUAUAGCUCCACUCUGCAGGCAUACAAGAGUAUCGCUAGUGGAGAAGGCGCGAAAGGUCUUUGGAAAGGAACUAUGCCGAAUGUCUCGCGGAAUGCUAUCGUGAACGUGGCGGAGAUAGUUUGUUACGACAUCAUCAAAGAUCUCAUCCUGGCUAGCGGUUAUCUUCGUGACGGAAUACCGUGUCACUUGAGCGCUGCGACGGCCGCAGGACUUUGCACCACCCUAGCCGCAAGUCCCGUGGACGUUGUAAAGACGCGUUACAUGAACAGCGCCGCUGGAGAGUACAAGGGCGCGAUAGACUGCGCUAUCAAGACCUUCGUCCAGGAAGGUCCCACCGCGUUCUAUAAAGGCUUCGUGCCGAGUUUCUCGCGUCUGGUAUCCUGGAACAUCGUACUCUGGGUGACCUAUGAGCAGAUGAAGUUACACAUGAAGAAGCUAUAUGGCGUCGAGUGAAGUCCUCGAUUACAAAACCCGAUUAUUCUGCUAAACCGAAGAUGUAAUUUCAGCCAAUGAUAAUGAAUAUCCUCUUAUCACUGCUUCUUUAUUGCUCGCUUUCUUAUAAAUGCAAGCGUGCGCAUAUCGGUGUUUGCCGAAUCAUUCAACGAUAAGAGAUUAAUCGCAGAUCAACAAAAAUUAUUUACACCGUUGGAAAUAAUGAAUAAUAAGGGAGCUAUAAUCUCAUGCGGUUUAUUUCAGUUUUUAUGUAAAUGUACACAUGCGCACUUACACCAAAUAGUUAAAAAUAAUUAAAAACAAGAGGAUCGUUUAACAAUUUGUAUUGCGCCAGAAAGCUUUAUAUAUUUAUAAUAAGGUUAGGCUAUUUUAAGAUGAAUUAUACACAGAUUACACAAAUUAUUAACGCGCCAAA